CCUUCCUCCAGGGUCAGAGAUUGAGCAGCAGGACUGGAGCUUGAAGAACCGGCCUCUCCUCCGCCUCCAUCACCUCUGCUGCUCUGGACUGCUGCUUUGUCCUCCAGAAUGGCAGUUGCUACGGAAACAUUACAAAAGUGAGCGUCAGGUGACCUGGCAUAUCAGCAGUCCUGUUGUAGACAUCUUUGAGUCACGACUGCGGAGUUUAAUUCAUACUUCUUCUUCUUCGAUUCUACGGCCCGAGCGGAUCUCAGACAGCCGCAGCCAUGGCGCUCAGCGAUGCCGAUGUACAGAAGCAGAUCAAGCAUAUGAUGGCCUUCAUUGAGCAGGAAGCCAAUGAAAAGGCAGAAGAGAUUGACGCAAAGGCAGAAGAGGAGUUCAACAUUGAGAAGGGCCGUCUGGUGCAAACCCAGAGGCUGAAGAUAAUGGAGUACUACGAGAAGAAAGAGAAGCAGAUCGAGCAGCAGAAGAAAAUCCAAAUGUCUAACCUGAUGAACCAGGCUCGGCUGAAAGUUCUGAAGGCCCGCGAUGAUAUGAUCUCGGAAAUGCUCAACGAGGCUCGCCAGCGUCUCGGCAACGUCGCCAAAGAUCCAGCGAGGUACCCUACUCUGUUGGACGGACUUCUGCUGCAGGGAUUCUACCAGCUUCUGGAGCAAAAAGUAACGGUCCGCUGCCGCAAACAGGACGUGCAGCUGGUGCAGGCUUCCAUCCAGAGGAACAUUCCCAUCUACAAGGCAUCUGUGAAGAACACCCUGGAGGUCCGCAUUGAUCAGGAAAACUUCCUUUCUCCAGACAUCUCUGGAGGGAUUGAGAUCUAUAACAGUAACGGAAAAAUCAAGGUGGCCAACACCCUGGAGAGCAGACUGGACCUCAUGGCACAGCAGAUGAUGCCUGAGAUCCGAGUGGCUCUGUUCGGUGCCAACCCCAACCGCAAGUUUUUGGACUGAGACGGAAGGUAAAAGAAAUCCACCUGUUUAUUUUUUACAUUGUCCUGCUGAUGAAGAUAUCAUUCCCAGACCAUAAUGGAGUAAACACAUCGUUGUUGUGUGAAGUAUUGCUGUAUUAUUAUUUUCCUGUGCAUUAUAAGGGACGUGACGCUGUAUGUGCUGCACAGCUAUAAAGACUCUGGUUUUUCUCUGCUGCACCUCCUCCUCUUUCUUUUAAAGUCCAAGUUUACACUCACUUCUCUACAUCUAUAGAUGGCAUUGGAGCAACAUGUUACUUAUAAUUAUCUGCUCCAUCCAAUUGGAGGAAGAGGAAAAAAUAAACAGCGUUUGUAAGAACAAACGUCUGUACUCUACCUGACUAAGUUAAUUUAUGGACUUGACGUCCACAGCCUCUUAUUCUGAGUGGAUGCUGUCAUUCCACAGUCUGUACUGUAUGUAUAUGAGGUUUGCAGUUUAAAUUAUGUGUGUAUGGUUGUUGUAAUUGUUCUCUUCCUUUGUCUUUUUGACUGUCACCAACUUAAAAUGUCUUAUUGUGAAAAUAGAUUAAAAAUAAACUAAUAAUAAUAUGUAAA